GUAUAAAACGCGCGCGACGUACGCGCGCUACACGCACUCGCUUCCAUCCAUCCAUAAUAAACGAUAUUUUAGCAUAAACAAAAUAGCAUAUCGUACACGCGUGUGUACGAUACAAUUUAUUUUCUCGCAUCGAGAUAAAACAUAAUACAAUAUUUUCGUGCGUAACUUUAUCCUCAUCUUAGAGUACAAAAUAUUUCGCCCUAAAUAAGCGGAAAAUAAUACAAAAAAAAAAAAAAAAGAAUAAGAUAUACUUACACUUGUACAAAAACGAAAGAAGACUGCCUGGAGCGUGACACGAGUGCAUAAAUAACCAAGUAAAUAGAUACGUUAUACAGUGAGAGAAGUUCUGCGUAUAUGUGCGUGCGAGGUAUACCGUUGUAAUAUAGCAUAUAUGCACGCGUCGUCGUCCGUCCGUCCGUACGCAACGUCAAGAGAUAAUUUUUCGGAGGGGGUGCACACAGUGGUAGUGCACACACACGCUAUACAAAAGUGAGAAAGAGAGACGCUCUCGUGUAUGGCAAUAUACGCAUACGAGUAGCGCGCGUAGGUUCAGUGCUCUUGGAGAGACCCUGGUGAUCGAUAUAAGAUUCUCGACUUCCUAGUCUGACAUCUUGAGAGCGAGGAAAAGCUCCCCGAGCUCCGACAGCGAGAAAGAUACGGAGAAGAAAAUCGUCGUUUUUACGAGACAUAUAUUAUAUUUUUUAUACGUCACACGCUUCACGCAAAAUUCCACAAGGCCACGAGUUCGUGUUUAUACAACACGCCAGUAUAACAUUUAGAGAGAUAUAGAGAUACAGUGAGAGCAAAAAGUAAAAGGGAGCCAGCGGGCAGACUCGAUCAAAACGACUGUAUAUACACGCGCGCAGGGCGAGCGCAUAAAAUCGACUUUACCAAUGGGGAGGACGGAUAUGUCAAAAACGCUCAAUGCUUACAGGAUCAAAAAGAUCGAAAACAUCGGGAGAAUGACGGCCAUGACUCAAGAAGAAAUUGUGGCCGGCGCCCGCACGGUCGCCCAGGGCCUCGAGGCUCUCCGAGUCGAACACUCGGGCCUGUUGAACGGCCUACAAUCUCAGGAAGCGCCAGCCGCGCGCGACAAAGCUGGCCUCAUUUCGAAGAAUAUCGAGAUGAUCGAGCUGGGUCUGGGCGAGGCGCAGGUGAUGCUCGCCCUGGCGAGUCACUUACAAAUGGUCGAAGCCGAGAAGCAAAAGCUCAGGACGCAGGUUCGAAGGCUGUGUUCGGAAAACUCCUGGCUGAGAGACGAAUUGGCUGGCACGCAGCAAAAACUCCAAGCCAGCGAACAAAUGGUGGCACAGCUCGAGGAAGAAAAGAAGCAUUUAGACUUUAUGGCCAGUAUGAGACAGUACGAUCCAGAACCAACGGCAGAUGACGAAAACGCAAAAGACAGACCGAAAGAUGAUCCAGUCGUUGACCUGUUUCCGGAUGAUGAGGCUGAGGAGCGAAACAGUAAGUCUAUGUCUCCGACUCCCCCGUCCCAAUUUGCCCAGCAGGUCACUGCUGGAUACGAAAUACCGGCCCGUCUGCGAACACUACACAAUCUCGUGAUUCAAUACGCCAGUCAGGGUCGUUACGAGGUCGCCGUGCCACUUUGCAAACAGGCACUCGAAGAUCUCGAAAAGACCUCGGGCCACGAUCAUCCAGACGUGGCGACUAUGCUCAACAUACUCGCGCUCGUUUACAGAGACCAGAACAAGUACAAAGAAGCUGCGAAUUUGUUAAAUGAUGCACUGGCUAUAAGGGAAAAGACUCUGGGUGAAAAUCAUCCCGCUGUCGCUGCAACACUCAACAAUCUUGCUGUUCUCUAUGGGAAACGAGGCAAAUACAAGGAGGCAGAACCUUUGUGCAAGCGAGCUCUGGAAAUUCGUGAAAAAGUACUGGGACGCGACCACCCCGACGUGGCCAAACAGCUUAACAAUUUGGCUUUGCUUUGUCAAAACCAAGGAAAGUACGAAGAAGUCGAACGUUAUUAUCAACGAGCUUUGGAAAUUUAUGAGGCGAAAUUGGGCCCUGACGAUCCCAAUGUGGCCAAAACGAAAAACAAUCUCGCCUCUUGCUAUCUGAAACAAGGAAAAUACAAGGAUGCAGAGGUUCUGUACAAACAAGUGCUAACAAGAGCUCACGAACGAGAAUUCGGAGCUAUCGACGGAGACAACAAACCUAUUUGGCAGGUUGCCGAAGAACGAGAAGAAAACAAACACAAAAAUAAGGAAAAUGCUCCAUAUGGAGAAUAUGGAGGCUGGCAUAAAGCUGCAAAAGUUGAUUCACCUACGUUUAAUACUACUCUGAAAAAUCUUGGCGCACUUUACCGACGACAGGGUAAAUACGAGGCUGCUGAAACGUUGGAGGAUUGUGCAAUUAGGUCUCGAAGAGAGCUUGUCCAGCAGGCAUUGGACUUGGUAAAACAACCAAAAGUGGCGCAAAUUUUGAGUGACGAGAAAGGAUCAAAUCGACGCAGUUCGAGGACGAGUUUGACAAAUAGUGAGCACGAACACGACGAGGAACGAAAACAUAUGGUGCGAGCUCAGUAAUAAUCAGUUUUACAGAACUUUACAUCAAGCUUCUAGGCUUUGAUGUAUCAUUAUGACGUCCUACCUCGAUUCACAAAAAAUUGCAAAUUAUUAAUGGCACAUUCCAACUGCUUUUGAAGAUGAAAAAACUAUGUAGUAUCAUUGAAUGACAACCACUAAUCUUUUUCGUUGGUAAAGUUUGGCAAUCGAAUCCGAAUGAAUUAGACUGCAAGUGAUCAACUUUUUGAGCUAAACCAUUUUUUUACAAGGCACUGUUUAUUCGAUGUUUCCCAUAAGUAUAAUAGUUCUUAAAAAAAAGAAAGCGCCUUUCAAAAAUACUGCUAUUCAAAAAUGUGAAGCUUGCAAUUAUAAUAUUUUUAAAUUUAUACAAAAAUUCAAAGAUUUAUCAGUAUUUGGUUUUUAAAUUCGUUCUUUCCUAUAAUUUUUGUAACAAAUAGUUUAUUAUCAAUCAGUAUAUACAGAUUUAUUGAGAUCUUAUUAGAAAAUAGAUAAUAUAUAUUUUAGAUUUAUUAUAUGUUGAUAUCAACAUAUUUUGCGAUAAUUUAAUAAUUUGAUGCAUAAUGAAAAAUUAUGCAACCAAGCCUAGUUUGGCUAUUUAUUAUAGAUUGUAUUUCAUUUUAAUAGAUCAGUUAAAUUUCAUACUAUUUUCUAUCGCGUAGCUACUUGAGGGUAAAGGUUUAAAAAUGUAUUAAUUACUAACAACUCAAAAAAAUUGUUUAAAUUUUAAGAGAUGAAAAUACUAAGAAAAAACAUAAAGUAAUUUACUGCCUUUUCACAAAGUUAGAAUUUAUUUUUAUGAAUACCAAAAUUUAUAAAAAGAUAUUGCUAAAAAAGUAAGCUUAAUUUGACGAACAAUAUUGAUUGCCAAGUUCGUAACAUCAAAAGACAUGUGUAGCUCAUACCAUGCAAAAUUAAUGUUAAUUUAACAUCAAAUAAAAAAUUUAAUUAUCGAUCAUAAAAUUCGAGCUAUACUCGUUUGAGAGUGAAAUUUAUAUUCAAUUGAGAACAUGCAUUCGGUAAUGUUCAAGAGCACAUUUACAAAAUGAUUAAGUUUCACGAAGUAUUUUUAAAAACUUUAUCCAAUUGUUCUAAUCACAUAUUUACGAAAAAAAUUUAGUACGUAGCUCAAAUAAAUAAUGCUUAAGACCAUUAAAAGUUUGAGCUAAAAUGAAAUAAUUUUAAGAAAUAAAACUGUAUCAUUGUGAUAAAACGGGGUUAAUACUAACGUAUAAAUCGCGAUUGCGAGCCAAUUCGUUUACUUCAGAAAGAAAUAAUUAGUAAAAAUAAAUUAUUUAUGAAUGAAUGCAGAUGUUGCCGUGUAAUUUUGACACAGCUUACACAAAUCAACUGUGUUUUUACACUGAGGUGCAAUUGUUAUUCAGUAAAAUAGCAUGUAAGCUUUUAUUUACAAUAAAAAUUUUAUCUUGAA